AUGUUAAUUGAAACACUUGCUUUUCCCACAUUCUUUUAUUGUCUCAUUGCUUUCUCAUCAACUUUGUUGCAAUUCUGCAUCGCAGCUAACACCAUUAGUCCAGGGCAAUCAAUUAGCGAUAUCCUGACUCUAGUUUCCUCAGACCAUGUUUUUGAGCUAGGAUUCUUCCCUUCAGGCUACAACAAGAGCAGGUACUUGGGCAUAUGGUACAAGAAGACCCCAGGGAUACUUGUGUGGAUAGCUAACCAAAACAAUCCACUCACAGAUACAUAUGGAGUUUUCACCAUCACCAGCAAUGGAACACUUCUUCUUCUCGACCAAAGAAACCACACUAUCUGGUAUUCGAAUUCAUCCAGGGCUGCUCAGACUCUAGUUGCUCAGGUUUUAGAUUCUGGUAACCUUAUUCUUAUAGAUGUUAAUGAUACAUCGAACAGCUCUGAAAGCUAUUUGUGGAAGAGCUUUGAUUACCCAUUUAACAUAUGGUUACCAGGCAUGAUGAUAGGAAAGGACACAAGUAAUGGUCUAGACCCAUUUUUGACAUCUUGCAGUGACUCAAAUAUUGCAUCUCCUGGAGACUUUACAUACAGAUUUGAUUAUUGGGGGUUGCCUGAAAUAAUUCUUAGAAGAGGAUCAACAAGAAAAUACCGCACUGGACUAUGGAAUGGAGUUCGAUUCAGCGGUCUUCCUAUCCCUGUAAAUCAAUAUUUCGUUUCCGUAUUUAGAUUGAACAAGGAACUGUUGGGACGUAUAUAUAAUUCUACAAACGAGUUUCAUAAUACGAGGAUAACACUGAGUCAAUCAGGCAUUCUUCAAGGCCUUCUAUUAAAGAAGGGAAGCAGUGAAUGGACUAUCAUGAAUGCAAUGCCAAAUGACUUGUGUGACAAUUAUGGGCAGUGGCUCUAA